CAUGAUGCGGCGGCCAUGACAGCCGGGAGAAACGACGCUGGCAGCGCUGCCCGAGAUCUCGCGGACCGAUGUGGCAUACUGGCAUGGCAAUGGCAAUGGCAAUGGCAUUGGCAUCCAUCCACCACACUCCACUACCCUACCAGUACUCCAUCCAUGCAUCCAUCGCUUUCCACUCCACUCCUAUAUAAACAUAUCCCGGGGACGGCGGACACCGCCCCGCCCGAUCACCACCUCUGCUCUGCUCUGCUCAUGUGCGCGGCGCGAGGCUCGAGCCCGCCAAACCAGGGAGGCAAAGCUAAGCAACCGACCGCUUCCUCUCAGAUUCCAUCUCACUGCAGCAGCAGCAGCCUGCGCCGCUUGUGCUACUGCUGCUACACUGCCAUGGCAGCGCGCCCGGUUCUUCCUUCUCCUGCUCUCCUCUUGCUUCCCCUGCUGCUGCUUGUGACUGCUUCGUCAGGUGCCGCCCAUGGCUACGGCCACGGCGGCGACGACGACGACGGUGCGGGUAAGCUCAGGGUCGGGUUCUACAAGGACUCGUGCCCGGACGCCGAGGCGAUCGUCCGCAGGGUCGUCGCCAAGGCCGUCCACGAGGAUCCCACGGCCAAUGCGCCGCUGCUCAGGCUUCACUUCCACGACUGCUUCGUCAGGGGCUGCGAGGGGUCCGUGCUCAUCAACUCCACCAAGGGCAACAAGGCGGAGAAGGACGCCAAGCCCAACCUCACGCUGGACGCCUUCGACGUCAUCGACGACAUCAAGGACGCGCUGGAGAAGCGAUGCCCCGGCACCGUCUCCUGCGCCGACAUCCUCGCCAUCGCCGCCAGGGACGCCGUCUCGCUGGCCACCAAGGCGGUGACCAAGGGAAGGUGGAGCAAGGACGGGAACCUCUACCAGGUGGAGACCGGCAGGCGGGACGGCCGCGUCUCCAGCGCCAAGGAGGCCGUCAAGAACCUGCCGGACUCCAUGGACGGCAUCCGCAAGCUCAUCAGGAGGUUCGCCUCCAAGAACCUCAGCAUCAAGGAUCUCGCUGUUCUCUCAGGUGCCCACGCGAUCGGGAAAUCGCACUGCCCGUCGAUCGCCAAGCGUCUGCGCAACUACACGGCGCACCGGGACAGCGACCCGACGCUGGACGGCGCGUACGCGGCGGAGCUGAGGCGGACGUGCCGGAGCCGCCGGGACAAGACGACGGAGCUGGAGAUGGUGCCCGGCAGCUCCACGACGUUCGACACGGCCUACUACGGCCUGGUCGUGAAGCGGACGGCGCUCUUCCACUCCGACGAGGCGCUGCUCAGGAACCAGGAGACCAGGGCGCUCGUCUACCGCUACAGGGACGCCGCCGCCGGGUCGGAGCAGGCGUUCCUGAGGGACUUUGGGGUGUCCAUGGUGAACAUGGGCAGGGUCGGCGUGCUCACCGGCGACCAGGGAGAGAUCAGGAAGAGAUGUGCCUUCGUCAACUAGCGAUGUAAUACUUUCUAGCUAGUAUGUGAUGAUGCCUGUGACUGUCAAUUACUCAUAUUAUUACGACCGCGUCUUGCCUCAACUAUAUAUUAUAUGCUGGAGUUUCGAAAAGCCUCUUCGUUUGAGCUUA